UUGUACCGCCCCUGCCUUUAGUAACGUUUUCCAAACUUGACCUGCAGUAUUAUUAACCCUCCCAAUUUCCAACCCUUUUUUCACCUCAUUCUCACAAAACCCAUAGUUAGUAGAGUAUUUCUUUCAUUCUUUUGUCUUAGCCCUAUAAAUUCAAAGACCAGUUGGAGAGAUUGUUCAUCCAUCCAAAGAUUGAAGCAGCAGCAAGAAAAGAGAGAAGAAAGAAAACAAACGAUGAUGCACGGUAAUAGGUGCAAUGGUGGUUCUCAUGGAAACAUGGCUGGGCCAUGUUCAUGUGGGAUGUUCCACACUCAUCAAGCCAAUUCCUUCUCCAUGCUCUUCUCCAUGCCUAACCAUCACAAUAAACCCUUCGAUGAAACGGCUGAAAUGUAUUCCUUCGCAUCAUCUCCGCCGUCUUCCUCUGUCGAUUGCACUCUUUCCUUGGGCACCCCUUCUACUCGUCUAACCAAUAACGACACCGAAAAAAGACGCUCUUCUUACAUGUCUAACUUCUGCUGGGAUAUUUUACAGUCCAAACAUUCGUCCAAUUCUCCCCAUCAUUCGUCCCACAAAAGUAGCCGCGCAAACAGUCACACCAACUCCAACACUGGUGGUGGCGGUGGCCUCCUAGCUCGACGCUGCGCCAACUGUGACACCACUUCUACGCCUCUCUGGAGAAACGGCCCAAAAGGACCCAAGUCGCUUUGUAAUGCCUGUGGAAUUCGCUUUAAGAAGGAAGAGAGGAGGGCAUCCGCUGCAGCUGCGACCAGUGGGACUAAUGGUGUGCCCGGCGGAGCGGACUCUCAACACAUGCUAAACAGUUCAUGGGUUCAUCACUCGCAGACUCAGAAAAUGCCGUAUCUUUCAUCGGCUUAUGGGAAUGAAUUCAGGUUCAUUGACGAUGAUGACCGUGACUCUGAUAAUGGCGUUCCAUUCCUUUCUUGGCGUCUCAACGUUACAGAUAGGCCAAGUCUUGUUCAUGACUUCACCAGAUGAAAAAAGCCAGAAAAGAGAGAAAGAAAGGUUCAAAAUAGACGUUUGAAAUCAAGGAAGAAAAUGAUCGAUCAAAGCCUCCUCCAAACUCCAUAUGAUUACGUGGCAUGGGUGGUGUGCUGGUGAUGGCGAUGUGGUGAAAGCUAUGGAUCACGAAAUUCUUUCCUUUCAGCUGUUUUUCUUUUUUGUCCAUCUUAGACCGAGAGAGUGAGAG